AUGCAGUGGACUGGCUGCUGUGAGCUUCUUGCAGGGACUGAUGUCAUUAAGCUCAUGGUAGGCUCUUUGGUGUUAAAUGUGCAUUAAUGAUGCACUACUCAAAUUGGCUUAUUGACGUUAAAAACAGGGCAAGCCUUCGAAAUGCAUGUAAAACACCACCUAACACCGACUGGAACAACAGGGGGAAUGUUGCGGACAUGCAGAACAACAUCCCGCAGCCUAAUAAAGCAAAGACAUGCGAGCAAACGGUCACCAGCCACCUCUGGAAAACAGGCUACAAAAUAAUCAAGAAAAUCGGGGAGGGCACAUUUUCUGAGGUUCUGAAAACUCAGAGCCUGAAAGAUGGGAAAUUCUACGCAUGUAAAACGAUGAAGCAGACAAUUAACAGUCUGGAGCAGGCCAACAACCUGCGGGAAGUCCAGGCCAUGAAGAGACUCAGCCCUCAUGCAAAUAUCAUCCAGCUACAUGAACUGAUUUUUGACAAAGAAACUGGAACUGUGUCUUUGAUUUGUGAGCUGAUGGAUAUGAACAUCUAUGAGUUCAUACAAGGAAGAGAAACGCCACUUCCUGACCAUACAGUAAAGCACUACAUGUACCAGCUGUGCAAGUCACUUGCACAUAUUCACAGGUGCGGGAUCUUUCACAGAGAUGUGAAGCCAGAGAACAUUCUCAUCAAACAAAACGUUCUGAAGCUUGGAGACUUUGGCUCAUGUCGCAGUGUGUACUCCAAGCCCCCGCACACAGAGUACAUCUCCACACGUUGGUACCGAGCCCCAGAGUGCCUCCUCACCGAUGGCUAUUAUAGCUUAAAGAUGGACAUCUGGAGCACUGGCUGUGUCUUCUUUGAGAUCAUGAGUUUGAAUCCUCUCUUCCCUGGAACCAAUGAGUUGGACCAGGUUGCCAAGAUCCAUGAUGUGUUGGGGACGCCAGAACAAAGUCUCCUCCAGAAAUUCAAGCAAUCUAGAGCGAUGCAUUUCAACUUUCUUCCUAAGAAAGGCAGCGGUAUCUCACGGUUAAUCCCUAACUGCCCAGCCCCAGCACUGUCACUGCUCUAUCAAAUGCUCGCCUAUGACCCCAAUGAACGCAUCUCUGCAGAAACAGCCCUGAGGCACACAUACUUUAGGGAGAGCAGGCUAGCAGAGAAGAAAGCCGAGGGUCUUCACAGGCUUUCUGGGAUCAUGGAUGGAGUAGAAAGAAGUGGGACACACAACUCCUUAGACCACAUCUGGCGACCAACUAGACUUGGCAAACAACUGAGGGGGAGACAUACAAGGCAAACACCUUUAAUGAGUCACAACAUGAAGCAUGUGGCAGAGCCCCUCAUCAAACGGAACGUCCCUCAUUAUCCAACAGAGCUGCCCAAGCUCAACAUGGUUGUCCCAGGACCACAGAUCUCCUUCCCAGUUUCCUCUAUGCCCGCUUUUACUGUCACUCACCAAGGCACACUGCCAGCCAUCACAUCUAAAAAGUGCCAGUCACGGUUGGCCAAGCCCAGGGAUGAGUCACACCGUGCAGCUUUCAAGACCUACUACAUGCCACCUCUGGAUAGGAAACAUGGGGGCUACUGAGAGCCAAAAAACACUUCAAUGUUUCAUUAAAAAUUGCCUCUUAAAACAGGAUUGACCUGUACUGAUGAACAGAUACAGUAUGUUGAGAGGACAAUGUUUGGACAGGCCUGAUGUUGAAAUCUGUAAAGCAACACAAACAUGUUUAAGAAAAAAAAAAAUGCAAUAAAGACUGCAGCAAAGCCUGUCACUCACCAGUUGCAACUACUACACCAAACUGAUUAACCCUAAUUGUAAUGUAAUGAAAUUUAAUGUUAUCUCUACAUAAACACUGCUAAACUCUCUCAUUACGUCGAAUUGAGAGUGUGUAGUUUAGUCAUGACCGCAGUUUUACUUGACCUAGUCAGGUGUUACAUGUUUACAACUGUUUAGAAAUAUACUUUCAAUCUGAGCCUUUUACAAAAGCUAAGCAAUAAUCUGACAAGUGAACAGCUGUUUACCGGAGGUGAAUUAAAUGAUCAAACAUGGUCAGAUUCCUGGAGAAUAAUAGUUCCUUUAAAAAGUAGCAACACUGCCACAUGCUUUGGACUUGUUCUAGUAUUAUUUUACAACUUUGAAUCAAAAAUGAUUUUGUAAACUCUUUUGACACUGACAACAGAAAAACACUAAUAUGUCAAAGUAAAAAACAAAACUCUAAAUUAAGCACAAACAACAUCAACAAGAAAAUCAUCACCCUGUACUAUGAUUAUAAACCUAGAUUAUCACCAGUAUUUUUUAGAAGUUUCAUUAAUAUGAGGGAUGAGAUCGCCUGUGUGUACCUGUAGUGUGACUUCUUUACAUAAAGUCUAUGGGUGUUACAAGUAAUUUAAGGUUAAAUACACCUGAGAUGUGGAGGUUCCAACAACUUCAGCAGUUUGUCAAUUUCCUGGUAAAAACUACAUUAUUAAGACAAAAGAACACUUCAAUUUUCCAGUGAGGUUAUAGAAAAAUAUCAAUCUGGCUACAGGAUAGGAUACAAGCAAUAAA